AUGGUCAGAGCCCCACUUCUGUUUCUUCAGGUGAUUGCUCCCGUCUGUGGGCUCCAAAUACCAGAGGAGAAAGUGGAACGCAACAAAGAUCUCAUGGACAAGACACUGCAUAAGAUGGAGGAAUACUUCCUGGGCAACAAGCCUUUCCUUGCUGGCCAGGAGAUGACCAUUGCUGACCUAAUGGCACUAGAGGAAUUGAUGCAACCCUUGGGUGUUGGCUAUGACCUGCUUGGGAGACAUAAGAAACUGGAAGCCUGGCGUAAUCGAGUGGAGACUUUCCUGGGUUCUGACCUGGUUAAGGAAGCCCAUCAUCCUAUUAUGAAUAUCGUGCAAAUUUCUGCUAGUACAACCAUCCCACCCCCUCCCCCAGAUUUCUAUUCAUAUUUGAGACAUCGUAUUGCCAGGAUCCCCUGAUGAUCAAGGUUGGGAGCUCAUGGUAGGGUAG